AUGAAGACUACCGGACUCUUGACCAUCCUUUUCACCUCAAUGGCUGCAACAGCCAUCGCCAGUCCUAGCGCCCUGCCUAUGGGAGUUGAGGUUGUCGAACGCGACGGCAAGACUAUUGUACGGGAAGUGCCACAUGCACUUUUGAGCCGCGGCCUUGAACCCCGAUGCCGAGAAUGUGUCGGCCAAGGUGGCUCAUGCACUAUCGGUGAUGGCAGUUGCUACGCUGAGGACCCCCCACUUUACUGCACAUGGUGCGGUGACAAGUGUGGAUCUCGUUGUGUCCGCCAGGGACAGACUUGCCAACAGACAUGUGUUUAG